AUGCAAGCAAAAGAUAUUGAAAUGGUAUCGAUGCCAUCAAAUUUUCCAAGACAAGUCUCCUUCUCGGAAGCCAGUAGUAAAGUUGAUUUAGCAAUAUCUUCACCUCCUUCAAAUUAUGAGCUUUCGGAAGCAACCAUUGAUGUCAUUUUAGACAAGGAGUCAUCAGCCGAAACUGAAAAUCCUCCAAAGAAGAGUAAAUCGGACCUUCCAACAACAUCAUCAACACAAAAGAAAGAGGAAAACAAACAACCCGAAAGAAUGUCGUGGAAGCACUAUUUUCUUCAUGUUAUGAGUCCUAUCUGGCACUCAUUUCCGAAUAAAGUGAGUGAGGCCAGAGACAUGUUAGCAGCGGAACGAACUGCAUUGUCAUGGCAACGAACGGCCUAUGCUAUCCUUGCAAUUGGAAUUGGAGUUUCAAGAUUGAAUAGAAAAGAUCGUGAUCCCUUUGUACCAAAAGCGCUUGGUGUUGUGACAGCAGUGAUUGCUCUAUUGCUGAUCAUGUAUGCACAUUUAAGGUUUCAUGUGGUCAUGAAAUCCAUGGUUGAUCGUAAGUAG